AUGUCAAAAAAUAAAAAACGAAAAAAUCAAUCAUCACCUAGCAAAGCACCAUCAACAUCACAUUCACUUUCAUUAAAGAAUCGUUCUUCAUCGAAAGCGACUACAUCAUCUAUCAAUGGUGCUAAAAUUCGUUCACAAUCGACCGUUAAACGAUUACAAAUGUAUCGUGGUGGUAAACCAAAACGCGAUCCAUCAGGAAGAAUUGUUCAAUCAGCAUUAUUUCAAGAACGACUUCCAUCUGGUACACAAGCUCGUGUUGCACCUAAUCGUCAAUGGUUUAAUAAUAGUCGUGUUGUUACACAAACUUCAUUACAAAAAUUUCAAGCAGCUUUAUCAACAACACUUGCUGAUCCAUAUCAAGUUGUUAUGAAACAAACUCAAUUACCGGUUACAUUAUUAAAUGAAAAAGGUAAACAAAAACGUGUUCAUAUACUUGAUGUUGAAUCAUAUGAAUCAACAUUUGGACCUAAAUCACAACGAAAACGACCAUCAAAUGUUGCCGGUGGUGAUGAUAUGGAAGCAUUAGUAGUUCAUGUUGAACAAAAACAAAAUGAAUAUGAUCAAGAUAAAGAUCUUGAUUUAGUUCGUGAACAUGAUGGAAUUAAACAAGAAACUAUUAAUCCAUUAUUUAAAGCUGGACAAAGUAAACGUAUAUGGAAAGAACUUUAUAAAGUUAUUGAUUCAUCUGAUGUUGUUAUUCAAGUUCUUGAUGCACGAAAUCCUGAAGGUACACGAUGUCGUCAAGUUGAAUCAUAUUUAAAAAAAGAAAAAGCUUAUAAACAUUUAAUUUUUAUUUUAAAUAAAUGUGAUUUGGUUCCUGUAUGGGUUACACAACGAUGGGUAGCUAUACUUUCUCGUUCAUAUCCAACACUUGCAUUUCAUGCUAAUAUGAGAAAAUCAUUUGGUAAACAAGCAUUAAUACAAUUAUUAAGACAAUUUUCUCGUUUACAUCAAGAUAAAAAACAAAUUUCCGUUGGUUUUAUCGGGUAAAUAUAUAUGUAUAUAAAGUAGUGGACAAACGUUUCUCAGCUAGCAUAGGUAGCAAAAAUCUGAAAAUUUGUAUGCAUAUUAUUCAUCAUGAAUGUAGAUUAGAGCCACGAGUUUGCUCUGAUUGUUUAAAUACAAUGGAAAUUAUGAUGGAUGGUAAUGAAUAGUACUUUUUUUUUGUUUGAACUUUAUACUUUAGAAAAAGAAAAAGUUUUAUGGGUCAACUGGUCUUUCAUUA